CACAACAACCCCAGAGCUCUCAGCUGCUCUCAGCUGCUCUCACCUGUCGUCCCGCGGUUCUCUCUCUUCUUCCUGUUUUCAGGUGUUUUUGGAGCUGUAGCGACCCGGGGCUCUCUUCCGGGUGUCCUCGUGUCUCUCCAUGCGCGCUCCCGUCCGCGUGGCGCUGUUAGUUUGGCUGCUGAACGAUGCUGCGACUCACCUGUUCACCGAGGAGGAGACAGCUGGGAUCAGACAGCGCAUCAAAUCCAUGUUCUACCAUGCCUACAACAGUUACCUUGACAACGCUUUCCCCUACGACGAGCUCCGCCCACUCACCUGCGACGGACAAGACACCUGGGGCAGCUUCUCGCUCACUCUGAUCGAUGCUCUCGACACUCUGCUGAUUUUGGGAAACCACACAGAGUUUCAGCGCGUGGCGUCGCUCCUCCAGGACACCGUGGACUUUGACAUCGACGUCAACGCCUCUGUGUUCGAAACCAACAUCAGAGUGGUGGGUGGUCUGCUGUCGGCUCACCUGUUGGCAGGUAGGGCGGGGAUGGAGCUGGAGCCCGGUUGGCCCUGUUCAGGACCGCUGCUGAGGAUGGCCGAGGACGCCGCCAGGAAACUGCUUCCUGCGUUCCAGACUGCCACCGGCAUGCCGUACGGUACGGUGAACCUUCUAAAUGGCGUCAGUCCCACGGAAACACCUGUCACCUGUACCGCCGGCGUGGGAACCUUCAUCCUGGAGUUCGCCACGCUGAGUCGACUAACAGGAGACGAGACGUUUGAGAACGUAGCCCGCCGAGCCCUGAGGGCGCUGUGGAAGACCAGAUCCGACAUCGGUCUGGUGGGUAACCACAUAGACAUCCUGUCUAAGAAGUGGGUGGCCCAGGAUGCCGGUAUCGGAGCCGGGGUCGACUCUUACUUUGAGUAUCUGGUGAAAGGAGCCAUCAUGCUGCAGGACGAGGAGCUGCUCACCAUGUUCCUGGAGUACGAUCGAGCCAUUCAGAACUACACCCGAUUCGACGACUGGUACCUGUGGGUCCAGAUGCACAAAGGAACCGUCUCCAUGCCUGUUUUCCAGUCUCUGGAGGCCUUCUGGCCCGGCCUGCAGUCUCUCCUGGGGAACCUGGACAGCGCAGUGCGAACUUUCCAGAAUUAUUACUCAGUGUGGAGACAGUUUGGAGGUCUACCUGAGUUUUACAGCAUCCCUCAGGGUUACACUGUGGACAAGAGAGAGGGAUACCCACUGAGACCAGAGUUAAUAGAGAGCGCCAUGUACCUGUUCAGAGCGACAGGUGACCACACCUACCUCCAGCUGGGCCUCGAUGCUCUGGAGUCCAUAGAGAGGAUCGCCAAGACGCCCUGCGGAUACGCCACUGUUAAAGACCUGCGAGAUCACCAGCUGGACAACAGGAUGGAGUCUUUCUUUCUCGCCGAAACCGUCAAGUACCUCUACCUGCUCUUUGACCCCGCCCACUUCCUGCACGGCGGGGGGAGCGAGGGGGACGGGUCCUGGGAGGAGGGAGGCGAGUCGGGGGAGUGCGUUUUAGGGGCGGGGGGGUUCAUCUUCAACACGGAGGCUCAUCCUCUGGACCCCGCGGCGCUGUACUGCUGCAGCCGCCACGCCCAGGACCAGCAGGAGCUCCGAGACGUCCUCCUCAGCCUAUCGCAGCCUGCGGGAAAGUCCGGCCGCCAAUCAAAGCCGCCCGCUAAACAGACAGAUGGCCCCCUGCCCGGCCAAUCAGAGAGCAUCGCACUGAAACCGGGUGAGAAGAAGACGCCCCCCCUGCUGACCUGCCCUGUUCAGCCGUUCAGAUCGCGACUCUCCAUCCUGGGACAAGUUUUCACCGAUAACACCUGAUGCCACUCCCAUCCUGGGAGUUUGAUCGGUUGCUUUUUAUUAAGACUGAGCUCCCUGGUAGCUCACCUGGUACAGCCGCCGUCCUGUGUUCAAAGGCUGAAGGGGGUUUGAGUCCGACCUGUGGCCCGUUGCUGUGUGCCCUCCUCUUUCUCUCUCUUCCCAUUUCCUGUCUAUCUUGAGCUGUGCUAUCAAAAUAAAGGCAAAAAACAAACAAAAAACCCAUUUUAUUCAAACAAACAGCCAUCUGGAUCACAUCGGAGUAAUGUGGUUCUAAUUUGAAGUUUAAAUUUAAUUUGUGGGGAAGAAAAUCUGAUUUAGGACCAUCGAUAAAGCUUUUUGUUUGUUUUGUGACGAAGGCUCUCGGGACCAGCGAACCAAGAACUCAAGCUGUGUUUACAACUGAAGGUGAAAUAUAUUUUUAUUUAUUAGAAAUGUUUUUAUUUGUUUACUGGCAAUGUGUAGCUGCUGUCUUCACUCUGACCAAAGUUGUGAAAAAUAAGAUUCUGAUAAAGUUUGACCUGAAGCUGC